AUGGAUAAGUCAUUGAUUAUUAAGCCACAAUCAUCGAUUGCGUAUCAAAAAGGAAUACAAGAAUUUAUUGAUUUUGCAUUCAAAGGUGCAAAAGAAAACGACGUAGUAAUAUGUCCUUGCAAACGUUGCGGUUUCAGAAAAUUAAAGAGUAGGAGUGACAUGUUCGACCACUUAAGUUGGUCACCAUUUCCGCAGGGAUACACCAUGUGGAUCCAUCACGGAGAGUCUUUUGUACGAUCUAGUACUAUCUCCCCUAGUACUACUCCAAGUAUGGUAGAAGAUACUAACAUUGUCGAAGAACCUAUUCAGAACAUGAUCAACGAUGCAUUUGGAGUUUAUGGGAAUCAUGCAAAUGAAAUACCAUCUGCGUCAAAUUUGGAGAUUGAACAAGAAGAUUAUGUGAUGCCAAGCUCAACUCAGGAAAGAAACGAAGCCAAGGAGUAUUAUGAGUUGGCUAGAGAAGGAGAACAACCUUUAUAUGAAGGGUGUAGACGAUAUUCAAGACUAUCUUUUUUGGUUAAGUUGUACCAUAUAAAGUGUUUAUGUGGAUUGAGUGAGAAGGCAAUGACAAUGAUUUUAGAGUUAAUAAAAGAUGCAUUUGAAUAUGCAAACAUUCCAAGUUCAUUCUAUGAAGCCAAGAAAUCAAUCACAAAACUUGGUUUGAAUUAUGUAAAGAUACCCGCAUGUCCAAACAGUUGGUUGGGUUCACUUUCUGGGUGGAACACAUACACAGGACUUGCUUGCCCAUCGUGUAACUUUCAAACUACACCUCUCCGUCUUAAAGCUAGUCGUAAAUGGUGUUUUAUGGGUCAUCGUCGUUUCCUUGAUCGGAGACACAGGUUUAGAUUGAACAAGAUCCGCUUUAAUGGUGAACAAGAAAUGCGGAGUCCACCGAGAACAUUAUCUGGACAUGAAGUUUUUGAAAAGGUUAAAGAUGUUGAAGUCAUCUUUGGUAAAAAGGCAGUGAAAGAAAAAUCAGUAAAAAGAACACGUGAGGAACAACCUAUAGAAGGUGAUAGUACACAAUGUGAUCCUACAAAAGAAGUUAAACUUGGAGGUCCUGUUCAUUAUCGAUGGAUGUAUCCUGUUGAAAGGUACUUGGGAAAACUUAAAUCGUAUGUACGUAAUAAGGCAAAACCAGAAGGGUCUAUUGCAGAAGGAUACCGUUUUGAAGAGAUUCUUACAUUUUGUUCAAGAUAUCUAGAAAAUAUUGAGACUAGAUGGAAUCAACCUGGACGUGUAGAUGACGACCCUAUUGAUGAUAUCCAAACUGCUUCACGUGUAGCUGAAUUAUUUCCUAGAGUUGGAAAACCUGUGGGUGGAUCUUCUUAUUACACCCUAACACCAACUGAAAAAUUGCAGGCUCAUAGACACGUUUUAACAAACUGUCCAAUAGUUGACGACUAUCUAAAGCAGUUCCGAAGUUUUACUCAAAACCAAAUGAGGCGCAGUCAAAGAAGUGCUACUGAGAUAGACAAGAAGGUUCAUAAGGAGUUUGUGCAUUGGUUCAGCAAUCGUGUGAGUUUUCAUACAAAAAUAGAUGUUUUAUUGAAUUGUCUUGCUCAUGGACCUUUUGAUAAAGUUAAAAGAUUUACCGCGUUCAAUGUCAAUGGAUUCAAGUUUCGAACGUUGGAACGAGACAAUCUUUUAAAAACUCAAAAUAGUGGAGUUUUUGGCAUGUUUGGGACACGAAGUUAUUCAAGCAAUAAUGAUACCCAAAUGAGAUUUGGAGGGGUCCCUUACUAUGGAAGAUUAAUAGAUAUUAUUGUGCUUUCCUAUGAUGGCUUCACAGUGCCCAUGUUUAAAUGUGAAUGGGCUAAUACCAUAAACCCAAGAGGAAUUAAGAUAGAUAAGUUGGGUUUUACCUCUAUAAACUUUGCAAGACUACUACAGACUAGUGAACAUGAAGAUAAUGAGCCAUAUAUUCAAGCAUCUGAAGCUCAUAUGGUUUUUUAUGUAGAUGAUGAGAGUGAACAAGGAUGGAGCAUACCUGUUCAUUUGAAGCCAAGAGACUUGUAUGACAUGGGUGGAAAUGAUGAAAUUAUGACACCCAUUGAGCCAUAUCCAUCACAAAAUUUGGAACAAAUCUUUUCAAAUGAUGAUCUUGGAACUUCAGCGACAAAUGAUGACAAUAGUUAA